AUGGAUAAUCGAACGGUUCGUGCCACUCAAAGCACACCUCUUGUGCGUCAGCGGGGUUGUUUGGCUGAAAAGCCGACACCUUCUCGCUCCUCCAAGGGACUUCGGUUACUGAGCGUUUCUUUCUGCCGGAAGCUUCGUUUGCUUGGUUUCGCGACGUACGCUAGGAUCGCUGACGAGCUCGUGGAAGAAUUUCUUGGUUCUGACGUUGUGCAAGGGCAAACAUUAGAGCGAACUAGCGCUGCAAACCUGGAAGGCAUACUCCAUGAGGUGUCGCCCGCGCGCAAAGAUAGGUUAGCGUGCGUAGUGGCCCACGAGGCCUCACCAUUGCGGAAUGGACGCACCAUUGCAAGCCCCAGGUACGGCGAAGACGGUUACACUGAUGAGCGAAAUUGUGCUGAACGGACUCUUAGGCGCCGCAUAUAUGAUAUAUUCAACGUACUUCUUGCCACUGGAACUAUAGAAAAAGGUGAAAAUGGUAGCGUGCACUGGCGUGGGAUUCCAGGCGAGCGCAUCGACCCUCGGUACACCGAAAUACGGCGUUUGCGACUCCGCGUCGAGGAACUGAGGGCCUCCAUUCAAACAAAACAGGAAAUCGCCAGAGAUUUGGCAGAGCAGCAGGCUGCAUUUAUGAAUCUCAUCACACGAAACAGCCAAGAAAAGUCUUGCGAGACGCUCGACAAAGACAUAUGCCCUGAUGGCCUUCCGUCGCACAAGAGAUUUCCCGCCGGCAAUGGUGCCUCAGCGUUUGGACAAGAGGAGACCACGAGUUUGGACCAAAAUCACGAGGCACAGCACGAGCUCAUGGAAUCUGAAUUACAUGCUGGAUAUACACUAUGGGACGAAAAUUCCAAUACGAGUGGCACGAAACGCGUAAGAGCCUUGCGCCUUUCUGAGAAUCGCAUGGUUCCAGAAGAUGCAUCCGUUUCAAAGGGGACGGACGGCAUUCGGGUUCAGUACCCAUUUGUGGUGCUUCGUACAGGCGUUAAGGCGAACAUCGGGCUAGAGACGAACGAAACUCGCUCCUCAUUGACACUAGGGAUGAGCGAGCCAUUCUCUGUGUUCAGUGAUGGCGAUUCCGUGACGCUCCUGAAAUUGCAUGAGAGAGGCCCAUAUUCAACCAACCAGAUGCUUCGCAUAUCACGGGAAUCAGCAGCGCGGAACAUCUCCUUGCGCACUGCCUCCGUGUGA